AUGGCUUCACCGCGAAACCCACCGUCGCUGCGGCUAAGCCAUCGCAACCAGUCGCCGCUCCGGCGUCAAUUGUUUCUGGCGGCGGCCGAACGCUUCAGAAGAGGCCCAACCCUUCGCAUUCGCUCGCGGGAGCCAGUGCGGCCGUGCGAGACGCGCUGCAGAGCUUCGAGUGAACGAGAACCGCAUAAUUCGCACCGAGGACUCCCGGCGUAUGGGUGCGCGAUACCUGAACGAAACGGAGCUCAGCUCCAACCGGGACUGCACGCUGUGGUGCUGGGAGACGACGAGCUGCAACGUAGCCGUGUUCGAAGAAAAGUCGCGGGCGCCGCCGUCUUCCUCGCAUCCUUAGCCAUCGCGUUCGCGCAGGAUGGCUUCACCGCGAAACCCACCGUCGCUGCGGCUAAGCCAUCGCAACCAGUCGCCGCUCCGGCGUCAAUUGUUUCUGGCGGCGGCCGAACGCUUCAGAAGAGGCCCAACCCUUCGCAUUCGCUCGCGGGAGCCAGUGCGGCCGUGCGAGACGCGCUGCAGAGCUUCGAGGUGAACGAGAACCGCAUAAUCCGCACCGAGGACUCCCGGCGUAUGGGUGCGCGAUACCUGAACGAAACGGAGCUCAGCUCCAACCGGGACUGCACGCUGUGGUGCUGGGAGACGACCAGCUGCAACGUAGCCGUGUUCGAAGAAAAGGGAAAAGGCAGCUGCUACCUGUUCGACUGCGGGCCGCCGUCGCACUUUCUCUGCCUCUUCACGGCGCAUGCGUUCUACACCGUAUCCGUGCUCACCUUGCCCACGCGCAACACCGAGGCCCCCGUUUGGCCCGGCUCCCACCACGAGCAAGAACUGACGCAGCUACGCCAGCCGCGACCACUCCUCACAAGCGAUGCUGGAGCCCCGCACAAUGCACCUGCUGCAACACAGGCACCCAAGCCAACCACAAGCACAAGCAGUCCACGCCAAGCCAAUGCAGGUCAAGCCGAGAAUGAUCAAGACGAAUCACCGGACAGCCACCAGUGUCAGCACUACCAGUUCCGCUGCCAAAAUUCUAGCGAGUGCAUCGCUGUCUACAACGUCUGUGAUGGCAUACCGCAAUGCGUCGAUGGAAGCGAUGAAGCUGAAGACCUAAAGUGUCCUGGUGCAAAGAUACCCGAAGCCAGCAGUGCUACGGCCAGUCCAUCUACGACGACUCUGCCAACAACGGCCGAUCACGCUCGACCGGGAAGCACAGCUGCUGUGGACACAGAACAGCAGUACAGAGCACCUCCCGCCAGUCCUCCACAACCUUCCAUGGUUGAUGACAACCCCCGACAUGGUCCUACAGUUGACAUGGGAGGAGGAAGAAUUCCAAAGCCUAUACUUAACGGCCACAACAGCUUCCCGCCGUUGCCUCACAACAACAGGCUUCGAUGGGGUGAUGAAAACAGCCACAGUCAUGGCCGACCAGAGUACAGAGACCCGUACGAAGAACCCUUCGCACCAGAACAGAAGUACUACGACUACGGGCAGGCCUACCCUGAGAGUUAUCGGUACUGGAUCAACGAUGCCGACACACAGCUCUACCCCAUGGUUGCCGAGGGCAUCAUGCAGCCGCAGAAUUACAGAGCCCAGAAGCCGAGAAUGAACCUUCAGCAGCAGCAUCAAUACCAGCAGCAGCAGAUGCAGCAGCAAGAGCUUCAGCAGCAGCAGCAGCAAAGGUUACAGCAGCAGCGCUACCAGCAGCAGCAGUUUCGCCAACACCAACUCAAACAGCUGCAGCACGAACUGCAGCAGCAGAAAGAGCAGGUGUCCUCUGUUCAGGACUACCCGCCCAGUCGUUGGAAAAUGAGCCGUGGGCCCUUGGGUCCAGUGGAUCAAAGUGACAGCUAUGGGCCGCAGCCAUACGCUCCAACCCUGGCUCCUUACAGUCGACGACUGCACCCCGGCAUUGGAGGAGGCCAUUCAAAUCCACCAGUGCCGGCCUUGGCGCAGAAUAUGCAAGGCAGCAAGCUUGCAGAUCAAACCAUAGGCCAGCAACAGGGCCUCGCACAAGAUUCGCAGCCCGACUCACCGCUGGAGCCACAAGCUCAGGAGCAGCGAAAGCUCGAGCCGCAUCCCGUGAUGCCAGCCAAGCCAGUCGCACCAGCUGCCAACGAAGACGACACCUUCUAUCAGCCUGUUGUUGAAGUGGCACCCCCACCGGCACCCCAUCAAGGUAGUUCAAAGCACAUCACAGAGCACCUGCAGAAGCCUCAAACGAAACCUUCAAAGGCAGCAGCUGGAUCUGAAGUGCCCCAUCAGAAUGAGAGACCCGUACAGUACAGCAGGCUCCACGAGGUUGCUAACAUGCAGGUGAGCUUUACCCAAGUGGAACAAGGAAGCCGCGGCACCGAGCCGGAAUCGGGCAGUGCAGUGCUGGCCCUCACGUUGGGCCUCUGCAUCACAGGUCUCCUGCUUGUGUUGGUCGGCUGUCGUCUCCGACUGGCGCGACACCGGCUAGCACGCCGAGGCGGCCGGUCGUCGCUCGCGCACGAUGCCGACUACCUGGUCAACGGAAUGUAUCUCUAAACCUCACUGUGUUGCAAGUAUGUGGAUAAGUGAAGACAAGAGUACCUUUUUGAAAGUUUGUAUCUCGAGAGAAGAUGUGGCUUUAACUUAAUGUCUGUUGACGCUCGACUUUCGUUGACCUCACUUCAUUGGGAACGCAGAGAAUCGGUUCAAGCUAUCUGCAGAUCGAAAUCAACGGUGCCUUUGAGUUGCCAUGAAAGUUUACACAAAGAGCACUUUGCAAGGAACCUUGCAAGUUUAAAAAUUGUCCCGAAAAACUUUAUCCACAAGGAAACAUUCAACCUUAAUUUCAGGUGUGGCAGCCAAAAAAAAAAUCUAAAUGAGUGAAUGAAAAUCAAGCGUGAGACAUUUUAGAAAGAAGAGGCAAGAAGGGUAUUGUUAUGCGGCCAUUGGCCUUUGGAAAAGUGCCGUGUACAUAUUGGUCAGUAUAUUUGGCCUGUUUACAGUGCACAUUAUUUACUAUUGCACUCAUGUACCACAAAUAAAGACGCGAAGGCAGAAUUUUAGACACAAUUUAUGUGCAAGUAUGCUUAAUUGCCAUGGAUAUUAUCUAUCCUCAAACAAAGCAGAAUAUGUUUCGAUCUUUCAUGAGCCUGAUUGUUCCCACGAAUGCAUCAUCACCUACAGAGAUCUCAGACUUAAAUUGAGAGCCAAGUUAAUUGCUGUUUAAAUACAGAAAUCGAUUGCAGUGCUGUCUCAUGCAGGUUAAAGGCACACUGCAUGAAACAAUUGCACUUCGGCAGCUCAAAAAAAAAAAAAAGUAGUGCACUUGCUUAACGAAUUCCUCUUUGCAGAAGGCAAUUAAAUUACCUUAGGUCAUCAGCACUUCAUACAAAAAACCUCAUGGUCCUAAAGUAUACCACCAUUCAUUCUGAUAAUUGUCAUCAAUGGCAUAGGCUGUGAAAUGUAUGCUGAUGUAUUACUCACAGCUACAAGCAGAAUGUACACAGUCGGCCAAUGUGAACACCUGAUACGGGGAUUUCGCACCACUUGAGUAUUCUUGCUUCCAACCAUCCGAUGAUUAAGUAGUACACAAUAUUUUCUUAGACACACUCUGUCAGCAUCACAAACAUGUGUUCCAAUUAAAUAUAAUUGAGCAGAAAUUCUUGCUCAUUCUUGAGACUUAUGCCCCGUCAAAUUUCAGGCCACUUGGACAAGUAA